CCUGGAAGAGUGUACCUCUGGGAGUGAAUAGGAAUGAGUGCAGCUGUGAGUCGCCAGCUUGCUCCUUGCUCAGUCCUGCAGGGAGGUAGACAGGACCGCCGACUUUUCUGUGCCAGUCUGGAUUUUAAAGUCUCACUUAAGAAGGAAAACAGGUUGGUCUGCUUUACAAGGAGGCAAUAUGGGAGGUAAGCUAACCAAGAGGAAGAAGGGCUACAAUGUGAAUGACCCAAAAGACCAGAAGGAGGAGGCUGCAGGGAGACAUGCCGGGAAGCAGAAUGAGGAAGAUACUUCAAUGACAUUUAAACUAAAGUCAGAGUCUGAAGCUUCAGGUGCUUCUAGUACCAUUGUGGAUACUACAGCAGUGGAGAAAGCUGCAGUGGAGGCUAACAGAACACCACAGGAAACAAAUCCACCAGAAGAGGCAGCUCCUGAAGCAUCUCCAAAGGAAGUACAGGAAGCUUCAGCAGGAGGAGAAGCUGCACCCCUCAUGGCAAAUGAAGAGCUGAAGGCUGCAGAAGCAUCUGCAACACCUGAACUGAGCUCUCAGGUCAGGGAUCCAGGACCAGAGGUCUCCGGGACAACAGAGAAAGAAGUUUUUUCUGAACCCCAACAAUCAAGUAAGUCAUCUCCACCAGAAAGUCAAGACGUCCAAAGCAGACCUGAGGCAGCAGAAGGCUCUGUCACAUCACCAACGGACGUGACAAUCGAAGAAUCCAAGGAUUCUGAGAAUGAAAUUAUUGCAAAAGCCACAGAAAAAAAGUUAUCAUUCACUGAGACAACAGCACAGGACCCAGACCCAGGGUCUGUUAAUCAGGUACAAGGAGAUUCUGCUGAACUGGAACAGCCUGGAACAUUCAGCACUGCGAUCAGCUUGAAUUCCAAGCCAGAUUUAGAAUCACGCAAAGAUCCCACUGCAUUGGCUGUAGCUCCAGAAAUUAGUCUGGGAGAAUGUUGUUCAUCUGUCCUUGACGAUCCCUCCGAGAUUUCAGCAAUGGUCACGGAUACGUCAGUGCACCACAAACCCUGUGUUCCAGAAUUGGAAAGCACUCCCCAAGUUUUGCAUGAUCCCGAAGAUGCUACUGUUGAUUCCAAAGUAAGUGAGGUGGUAGAGGCUGAAGGAAACCCAGUACCAGAGGAAGCAGAGAAUAUACAGGAGGCUCCCAUUUUCCAAGCCAGCCCAACACUUGACAAGGCUGAAGGUCCUAGUGAAAGCACUAAAGACACUGAGACAGAAGCCAAUGGUAUUCCUCAGACCACUGUUUCUGAAUCAUUUACCUCUGUUGAUGAAAAGAUGGAGGAAAUAGGUUUGCUUGAAAAAGUGGUGAAUAGUCCUACAGAGGGGAGCUCUGAAGCGGGUGAAAACCACCUGUACGACCGCUCAGAAGGGGUUAGCACAGAGGCCAUAAUCACAGCUAGUCCUUCUGAGGACGUUGCUCUGGGUGAGAAGGUGAAGCAUGAGAACGGUGAGGUAGAGGACGUCAUAUGCUCAACACCUGAGCUAAGCAGCCCGUGUCUGGAGCAGGCCGACAAGCCAGCUGCAGACAAACCCACCAAAAUACAGCAGGAGUGUGUCGGCAGCAUCAGCGAGUCCCUCAAAAACCCAAAUGAGGCAGAGGAUGGUGAAUUCCUGCGGGAGACACUGGGAGUUGCCGAUGCUUCUCAGGCCCUUGAGCUUUUUUAAAAGAGUAGCAGAUCCACCUGAUAAUUUGCUAAUUUUAAUUCAGACUUAAGAAAAUUUAGAAGUCUGUUAUAGUGGUUCAGUCAAGAGAAAGAUGUUAAAGAAAAACAUGGAUUAACAGCUGGAAAAUAAGUACUUGCUCCUGUAUCCUUUACCUACACGGUAAUUCAUAAUCAGAAAUGUCGAAAUAGAAUGAUGAUGAUGGACAGUUUAUAUUCAAGAAAAGGUUUUGUGCUUUGUGUGCUUAAACUGGCUUAGCAUCACAUACAACAUUAAUAGUAAUGGUAGUAACAAUAGUCUGGUCUUUAAACUUUGUGUGUCUUUCCAUAAACAAGACAAAACAAAAUCACAAUGGCAUUGUUUUGAAAUAAAGCUUUACUACAGUUUAAA